AUGUUGGUUUUGUUUCAUUGUCAGCGCAGUUUUUCGGAGGUGAGAAUACACGAGCUUUUUGCCAAGUUGGAAGAUGGUUUUGAUAGUUAUGGUGCAUCGGCGCCGAAUCCUCAGUCGAUGACGGUGGGUGGUGCGUCGUCCUCGAUGCCUGUCGUUGCAGCUGGUUGUCUCUUGGCUGCACCUCCACCCCCUCCACCAGCGACAGCUAGGUCACCUGGAUUGAUUCAUGGACUGUUUGGUGAGGAUGAUGAGACAGAUAACAUAUUGGGAGAUAGUGGGCCAUUCAGUUCUAGUUCAGCCCAACAACCGCCACAUUUCUCUACGUUGAACGUGGAAGCAAUCGGCCAACACCUGGACAUAGAUCCCACCUCCGGGAGGCAAGGGUUACACAAGGAAAAUCUUUCUGUAGACUUUCAGAUUGGCCAAUCUUUCCAAACUAAGGAGGAAGCUGUAUUGAGUGUUAAGGAUUAUAGCAUCCGUCAUGGAUUUCAGUAUUGGGUGAUUGAGUCAGAUCAUCUGAAAUUUCAUGGGAGAUGCAAGAAGUUUGGGAAUUGGUGCACGUGGUUGAUUCACAUCACACAUCGACAGCGCAAGGGUACUUGGGAGGUUAGAAGGUACAACGGACCUCACACUUGCUUGGCGACGUCGAUUUCUAGUGACCAUCGACAACUUGAUCACCAUGUCAUUUGUGCCAAGAUAUUUCCUUUGGCGAGGGCGGAUGCAGCGGUUAUGACAAAAGUGCUGCAAAAAGCUAAGGAGGCAACGUAUGGUUUCAGGCCUAGUUAUAGGAAGGUGUGA